AUGACGCGAGCUCUCAAGAGACGAAGAGAUUCCAAAAAUGAUAUCGAAAACGGUAUCUCGUACAGGGAUGCUCAAAGACAGGCUGUCUGCUUCGACGGAGGAAAUUCUCCCCAUUCUUUUGACUUUGGCAUGGAUUUGGACUCGCCGAGUGAUACAAAUGACAUUGGAGAUGGAAUAUCCGUUACAGAAGAGGAGUUCGAAGAAAAAUGGAUAUGUUACGGAGCGAUCUGCGGAGCCCAGGUUCUGCUGAAUCCUCACACUCAGAUGCCAAAUGAGACGCAGCCGUGGGCCAGAUAUUGUUUAUUCAAGAUCGAACCUGACGGAAGAACUCACUACUUGGUUGAUGACAGGGAGACUAGCCCGAAGAAGAGAUCAGUUCUUGAUUGUGAUACAGCCGCGAUUCUGACGCUCGUAGCUGGAAGAUCCGGAGACAUAUCCUUCGCAGCAGUCUUUGGAGUCGAUGUAUUUCGUGGCAAGCGGAAGAGAUCUGGAAAGGGCAUACCUAUUGACAUCUCAGUCAACAUCUAUGGUCCUAGAAACUCGAUCGGUGAUGUUGAUGAGGCUUUGUCCGAGAUUGGCACUUAUCGUACUUAUCUUCAGCAUCCUGUAUUCCUGGAACCUGGUAUCCCAUACAUUAACCCUCAAUUCUUUUACCCAACUUCUCAGAAAACCGACCUCAGACAUUUGGUUGGCUCAAGCGCUCGGGAAAGCCACACUAAAUCCAAGAUUUCUCAAGAAGUUGAAGAUGUCAUGGAAUCCUUGGACGUUUUAUCAGAGGAGAUUACGGUGCCCAGUGGUGGUGGCCAAGAUCUACAUCCGAUUCUGGAUCGGUUCCUUCUUAACACAAGACUGAAAGAGCAUCAGCUGAAAGGCGUUGAGUUCAUUCUUGGCCGCGAGAGCGAGCAAGUAGCCACGCAAAUGCACAGACACAUGCUCUUAUCGAUCCACCAUAGCUUGCUAUCUCACUCAGACAAACCAGGUCGUGGCGGAAUACUUGCAGACGUGAUGGGCCUUGGCAAGACACUGACCAUGCUGAGUGCGAUUCUUUGCUCGAAACAACUAGUCCAGUCUUUCUCCAAGGACAUUACGAGCAACAGUGACAGGAACCAUGCACCACUGAGCAUCACUCUUGUUGUUUUGCCAUCUCGACAGGUGCUUGAUGUUUGGCAGAAUGAAAUCGAUAGGCGAUUUCAACCUCACACAUUCAAAACUAUUACUUUCCACGGAGAUGCGCGACCCAAAAAGCGAGAACUUCUUCUCGGUCAUGACAUCGUCCUCACGACGUAUCACACCCUAGAAAAAGACAAUCGGGGAAAAGGGAUUCUAAACUCCAUCAAUUGGUCGAGAGUUGUACUCGAUGAAGCCCAUCAAAUACGAAACUCUUCAAUCAAGCUACAUAAAGCCGCAGCUGCUCUUGAAAGCGAUACUCGAUGGUGUCUUACUGGAACACCCAUUCAGAAUAGCUUCGAUGACCUCAGAUCGCUGUUGAAGUUCCUGCGGUUUGAGCCCUUCUGCCAAAGCAACCUGUUUGAACAACACAUAGUCAAGCCUUUCAGACAGGAACAACAGGAUCCACCAAACGGGCUCGACGAGGCUCGAAACCUGAAAAUCAUGCUUAAAGUGUGUUGCUUGCGGAGAACACAAGCGAAGCUAGACCUUCCAUCCAGCAGCAUACAAAAGGUCGACGUAAAGCCAACUGAGACUGAGAAGUCAAUGUUUACAAGUAUUCUCGACCAAUGCAAAGAAGAUUUUGACAAGAUGGCCGGCAAAGAAGGGAACUCCAAGAAGUCUAAUGUAUUGUUUUCAGCAAUCAUGAAACUCAGGAGGGUUUGCAACCACGGAGCUAUCCCUAUCGGUGCUUGCGGCUCAAAGCGCACGAAUCAGUUGGCUGUGCCCAAAACAAAACGGAAAGCCUCCAGAUCGCCGAGUGCAGAGCCCGCCUGCGAGUUUUGUGAUGAAAGAACUGGGAAUAUGGAUCUUCUUGGCGGUCUUGAUAGCUGCCCCAUUUGCGGUCGGCUGGAGUCUGAGAUGAAUGACGAAGCCUCCUCCCUGGCGCCCUCACCUCGGCCGACGUCGUCUCCGACACCAUUUAUGAUGGAUAUUGAUACACCAGAACCUUCUACCGGGGAGUAUCACAGACAAUUCGGCCAUGAGUUGAAACAUAAAUCUUCAAAGAUGUUAGCAGUCGUGGAUAAUAUCAAGAAAUCAUGCCUGGACGCGGGAUCUAAGAGUGUUGUUUUCUCGAGUUGGAGAGAUACUCUCGAUAUCCUGGCAGCAAUAUUGGGAGAAGAAGGGAUUGCUUUUGUUCAGGUUGACGGACGUAACCCGCUGCUAGGCCGAACAGAGCUACUUACCAAGUUCUGCCAGGACCCAAUGAUUCGAGUUCUUCUUAUAUCCAUCAACACUGGAGCAGUGGGUCUCACUCUGACGGAAGCAAACAUGGUACAUAUCGUUGAACCGCAGUGGAACCCAGCCAUCGAAGAACAGGCGAUUGCAAGAGUCGUCAGGAUGGGCCAGAAAAGGCCAGUCACAAUCUUCAAGUACAUAACGGCGGGUUCCAUUGAGAACACUGUUGCAAAGUUGCAAGAGAAGAAGACGCAGAUCAUCAAAUUAUCGAUGCAAGACAAGGACGGCGCUGAAUCUGAUGCGAACUUGGAUAGUUUUAAGUUUGCCAUUGAUCCUAACGAGUGGGGGGUUGUAUCAUAA